CCUCACCUUGCUUCUCCAGUCUCUGCUCAGACUCCCCCCCCCCACUCCAUAGCAACAUGCUAAGGCCCGACGGCGUACACGUAUGUACAGCUAUGUGUGUGUGUGUGUGUGUGUGUGUGUGUGUGUUCGUGUGCUGUUAGAGUGCGUGCGUGCGUGCGAGCGAGGGGACCUCUUGUGGGAUUUCAAGGUUCGUUGGAUCUCUUCUCAUUUCGCGCCGGUCCGGCUUGACUUUUGCACCAAGACGGCCCGGAGACCGGCUGCCCUUCCCUCGGUCCAAGAGAAGCUUCCGAUCCACUCAAAUCUUGUACGACUGCCGUCGAUUACCACCGCGGCCGCGCCCUCCAUCACCGUCUGUCGACCGCCGCUUUCUUUGCUGCUCGCUGCUCCCCACCCUUGUCGACGACAAAACUAGGGAGCAGGGAUGUUCCAUGACUGCGAACGCGACCCCCAUUUGGCACGCCGCCAUCCCUUCCCUCU